AUGUUGUUUUUUCAGCGGACUAAAUGGCUAACAGAUCUAUACCGUAAUUCUUCUUUAUACUUGUGUAGGUGCAAUUCUAACAAACCUCGAAAUGUAAAAGAUAAGCUAAAGAAUGGUCCAGGGCUCAAAGAAUUUAUUAUCGCAUCAUCUGAAAUUACAGAACCGUAUGUUUUGGACCCACCUAAUAUACCUUAUUUAACAAAUUACCCCCAAAUAGCAGAGACGAGGAAAGUUUUCUUUGAUGUAUAUGGAUGUCAAAUGAAUUUGAAUGACACUGAAAUUGUCUGGUCUAUCUUGAAGAAAAACGGGUUUGAGAAAACUGAAGUAGAAGAGGAAGCUGAUAUAUUUUUAGUUAUGACAUGUGCAAUAAGAGAAGGUGCUGAAAGCAAGAUUUGGUACCGAUUAGACCAUUUAAGAGGAUUUAAAAGACGACGAGCAUUGUCAAAGAACAGACAGAAGCCCGUCAAGAUUGGUAUAUUGGGAUGCAUGGCCGAGCGUUUGAAAGAAAAGUUAAUUGAGAAAGAAAAAGCUGUAGAUGUUGUGGCGGGUCCAGACAGUUAUAGAGACCUCCCCAGGCUGCUAGCACUCACUGACAGUGGACAAACAGCUGUCAAUGUUCUACUGUCCUUGGAUGAGACAUAUGCCGAUGUCAUGCCAGUCAGCUUGAACGAGAACAAAGUAUCUGCAUUUGUAUCUAUAAUGCGUGGUUGCGAUAAUAUGUGCACAUAUUGUAUAGUACCGUUUACGAGAGGGCGCGAGAGGUCGCGACCGGUGACCUCACUUGUGGAGGAGGUCAGAUAUUUAGCAGAAAGAGGCGUGCGGGAGGUCACUUUGCUAGGUCAGAAUGUCAACAGUUAUAGAGACGUGACACAACAGACUGGCGCCACUGACACACAGCUAGCAAAAGGUUUCAAGACUGUGUACAAAACUAAAAAAGGGGGUCUAAGGUUUGCAGACUUACUGGAUAAAGUAUCCGCCAUUGAUCCUGAAAUAAGGAUAAGGUUCACUGCAGCACAUCCAAAGGAUUUCCCUGAUGAGGUGCUGGAAGUGAUAUCGGAUCGUCCCAACAUCUGCAAGCUUCUGCACCUGCCCGCACAAUCGGGCUCCAGUGCCGUGCUGGAGCGAAUGAGACGAGGCUACACCCGUGAGGCUUAUUUGGACCUUGUGGAUAGAGUGAAACAGAAGAUACCGGGAGUGGGCUUAUCAACCGAUAUGAUCUGCGGUUUCUGUGGGGAGACCGAGGAGGAGUUCCAAGAGACGAUGUCUUUAAUGGAGAUUGUUGACUACAAUGUCGCCUUUCUUUUCCCGUACAGCAUGCGAGAGAAAACUACCGCGUACCGUCGCUACAAAGAUGACAUCCCCGAAGAAGUGAAGAAAGAUCGCCACAGUCGGAUGCUGGAACUUUACAGAAGGAAAUGUCAGGCGUUGAACGAGGCGGAGAUAGGCAAUACUCAUUUAGUACUAGUUGAGGGUAGUUUGAAGAAAACUGGUCAGAUUAUAGGAAGAAAUGAAUUUUAUCUCAGAGUCGUUUUUGAUCAAGCGGAGAUUGUAUCUGAAGAUAAUGGCAGGAGGUUGGUUAAACCUGGAGAUUAUGUCGCUGUUAAAAUUACUGGAGCCAGGUCUUCGGUGUUGAGUGGGAUUCCUCUGUACCAUACUAGUAUUAGUCAGUUUUAUAGGGAGGUUAGUUGGGGCGAACGUAGUUGUUUGAAACAGAUAUAA